AUAAAGCAAAGUCUCCGGGGGUUGAUCCCAAGCAGCUGGCUGCAGAGCUCCAAAAGGUUUCUCUACAGCAGUCGCCUCUGGUUGCUUCCUCAGGAGUGGAAAAGGGAUCUCAUGUUCACUCUGGAACCACUUCUGCUACCUCCAGUGCUGUUCCCAGCCCUGGUCAGCCUGGUUCUCCCUCAGUGAGCAAAAAGCGGCACAGCAGCAAGCCCACAGAAACCACGAAGUCUGCUUCCCAUCCAAUCACUGGAGAAAUUCAGCUUCAAAUCAGCUAUGACAAACACCUUGGCAACCUUAUCAUCCACAUCCUUCAGGCAAGAAACCUUGCUCCCAGAGACAACAAUGGCUAUUCAGACCCCUUUGUUAAAGUUUACCUUCUUCCAGGGAGAGGUGCUGAGUACAAGCGGAGAACUAAGUAUGUACAGAAAAGCUUGAAUCCUGAGUGGAAUCAGACGGUCAUUUAUAAAAAUAUCUCCACAGAGCAGCUGAAAAAGAAAACACUGGAAGUGACUGUCUGGGAUUAUGAUAGAUUCUCCUCGAAUGACUUCCUUGGUGAAGUAUUGAUCGAGUUAUCCAGUGUCUCUCAGCUUGACAACACUCCUCGGUGGUAUCCUCUGAAAGAACAGAGUGAAAACAUUGAUCACGGGAAAUCUCAUUCCGGACAGAGUAGCCAACAAUCUCCAAAACCAUCUGUCAUCAAGAGCAGAAGUCAUGGAAUCUUCCCGGACCCCUCCAAGGACAUGCAGGUUCCCACCAUUGAGAAAUCCCACAGCAGUCCAGGGAGCUCCAAAUCUUCCUCUGAAGGACAUCUACGCUCUCAUGGUCCAUCUCGCAGCCAAAGCAAAACCAGCGUCACUCAAACUCACCUUGAAGACGCUGGGGCAGCCAUCGCCGCUGCUGAAGCAGCUGUCCAACAGCUUCGCCUUCAACCAAGUAAAAGACGCAAAUAAAUUCCUCAGCAUGGCAGCUUAAUGUUCAUCUGUUGCCUUUUUCCCUGCUGUUCUUCCCUUUUUGGCUAUUUUUUUUUUUCUGUUCUUGGCACACUGUGCUCACUCUGUUCAAUGUCUUUCUUUGUGUGCCUGUGUGUGAAUACAUUUAAUUACAAUAUACUCUUGUAUUUAGAAGUCUUUUAUUUAUAUAUUUAUUUUCAUUUAUAUAUACUGCAGUGAAACUGGCUGUUUCUCCAUCAGUCCCUUCACUCAUGGUCCAUGAUGUUCCAUGGUUGUGCAUGACUCACAAAGAAUUCUGUUGUGUGGUGGUGUUUUGAUGUCACUAAAUGACUGCUAAUGAAAUAAUCAAAAACUGCAGAGAUGCGGCUGCCAGCUCCUCAAGUUGCACACAAGUACUGAGAGCACGUUAACAAGAUGUAUCUAUAAGUAGUAAUCAGGAAGGACAGUACUAUAUACACAAAAGAAGAUUUAAAGUUAAAGAAAAAUGUUUUUUAACUGCAUGGCUGAGAUUUCUAUUUUUGAAACAUGACUGUAAAUAUAUAGGGUUUUUUUGAAAGGAAAUAUAGGGCAACCUUCUUAAUAUCUCAGACAAAAUCAUGUUAGUGAUGAGCAGAACAGCAAUAGACAAAAAUGUUAAA